AUGAGCUCUUAUGUUGACAGCUGCAAUCUCAGGCAAACAAGCGAGACAACUUCUCCUAACACUAUGUUUAGUUUCGAUCUUUCUGGGCGCGCGUCCAGCCGCUAUGAGGGUGUUAAUGUGAACGGGAUAUUCACGUGUCCCGUCCCCACGACCUCUGCUGAACGGGAGGAGAUGAAAACUAGCAUGCGUGGCAGUACGGAUAUUCCUCUCCGGUCAGGACCACAGAUAACCAUGGUCUCCAGCAGCUCCUCUGUGAACGCCAGCGGUCUCAACUACGGCAGCAGCACGCUGCUGGCACGAGUGGCGGAAAGAGACCCGGAGAGGAGCGCAAAAUCCGGCGGCAACAAGAGCCAGGAGAGCGAGAGAAACGCGGAGCACACGCAAACGGUGAAACGACACGCAAAUGUGAACCAGCUUCAGGACAGUGAGCAGCAGCCACAGAUUUAUCCAUGGAUGACAAAACUGCACAUGAGCCACGAAUCGGAGGGCAAGCGGUCCAGAACCAGUUACACCCGAUACCAGACUCUGGAGCUGGAGAAAGAGUUUCACUUCAACCGGUACCUGAGCCGCCGCAGGCGCGUAGAGAUCGCCCACACCCUGUGUCUAAACGAGAGGCAGAUCAAAAUCUGGUUCCAGAACAGGCGAAUGAAGUGGAAGAAGGACUCAAAGAUCAAAGUGAAGGAAUAAAAGAGCACCAGAGAGCGAGUGCAUGCAGCACGUUUUCAACCCCACACUGCACAGUGCUGGAGUGCCGUCUGACCUCCGGAUGAACUGCUAGGAGCAAUGACAUCAUGACACCGCGCUGUGUGCUUCAUCACCAAUUAUGUGUCACUUGCUGCAGUUUUGGACCUAAUAUAUUGAAUAUCACUCACUUUGAUCAAUCGGUUUACAUUUCUAAAUUAAUUUGCAGCCCAUGCGAUGAUAACCUCACUUUGCUGCACGAAGGGGACAAGAGGUGGAGGCGAGCUUGGCCCUGCAGGCUCGAGGUCCGCAGUGCACUGAAAGGCUGCACAAUGAUACUAAUUGUGUUUUUAAUUCGGGUAAAAGUAGUGGAGGCGGGGUGAUAGCCUGCAUCAUUCCCAACUCUGUCUCCACAGCAUGUGAUGGAAACAUGUUACGUCGACAAAUCAAAAUAAAGACAACAAUAUUUCUGGCAUGCUUAGGAGCUGUCAUGUAAGCAACAGUGAGAUAGUUUCCCACCAGUGAAAAAGAUUUCCCCACUUCUUUUCUUUUCUUUUCAAAUCUACUCUCUAAUAUGUUGCAGUGGUCGAGUGUGUGAUAUGUUCAACGAGCUAAUAUCUCCGUGAGUGUGAAGGCAUCUUCCCUGUUAUCUGUCCUUUCAUUGUGAAUAUAAAUCGUUCUGUAUAAUUCAGCGACUGUAUGUGAUAAUAUUGUGAUGUGCACUGAAGCCAUUUCUCUCGCCUUCUGUAAACUUAAGGUAUAGGCCCAGAAUAAUUGAUAGAUGGCUUAAUAUUCGAUUGUAACCAAUAAAGUCUCAUCAUUAACAGAAAUGAAUGUUCCUUUGUUCGGGAUGUACAUUUCUCUUUUUGUUUUUCGUUCAUAUCAGUGUUUACGUUGAUUAAACUAAUAUAGACACUGUACUUUAAUAAAAAGAAAGUCUUUCUUUUG